UGAGACAAUAAAAUGUAAACAAAAAGCGAAGAAAUGUCUCAAAAGAGCUUCGCUUCCGAAGAGCCGUCGCUUCCGGCGGCCCACCUCUGCUUCCACGGUCUCAUUGAGCGCCGGGAGGCCGAGCGCCGACUCCUCGACGCCAACCAAGAGAACUGCUUUCUUGUGCGCGAAUCCAAAGCGAGUUCUUCGCCCCAGAAGUGGUUCGUGUUGUCGUUCUUCGGCCGCAAGUCAGGCGUCAAUCACUUCCGCGUUCAGCACUUCUGUCAACACUUUUACAUCGGAUCCAAAGCUUUCCCCACUUUAGACGCUUUGAUCCGUUUCUACCACUUCUCGGAUCUCUUGCGCGGCGAACGCCUGCAGAACGCCGUCGCGCCCAAAGAGCCCGUCGCCGACUCCGCGGCCGCCGCCCGCCGUCUCGUCGCAGUCCUGCCGUACGCCAAGAUUCCCGACUCCGACGAACUCUCCUUCAAAAAGGGCGACCUUUUCGUCGUCCACAACGACCUGCAGAACGGCUGGCUCUGGUGUACGAACGACCGGACGCUCGAAUCGGGACUGGUUUUCGCGGAACUCUUGGAGACAGUGGACGACAAGUGCGACGAAAACGAAACUCACGAAUGGUUUCACUCGAAGAUCACGAAAGAGGAAGCCGUCGACCGCUUGGCGAAGGCUGGCGUCGGCUCUUUCCUCGUGCGGCCGUCGGACACGCAGGCGGGCAACUACUCCCUCUUCUUCCACAUCGGACACUCUGUGCAGCGCUUCCGCAUUGAGCGCCGCGGAGACCGCUAUGUGAUGGGC